AUGUCAGGGGGAAUCUUCUCCAGCGUGGGGAACCCGUGCGAUGUGGACUGCGCAAACGUCCACCCCCUGGUGUGCCACCUGUGCCACGAGCAGUACAAAUCUCCAUGUUUACUGGACUGCUACCACAUCUUCUGUGCCCGCUGCCUGCGAGGUCGAACCAAUGACUGCCGCCUCAGCUGCCCCCUCUGUGGAUACCAAUCAAUAAUUAAAGUCAACAAUGUCCUCCCACCAGAGGACCGCCUGCUGAAGUUUCUUGUGGAUAAUAACACAGACCUUGAAGAGACGGUGCAGUGUGCCAACUGCGACCAGGAAAGUAACAAAAAGGAUGCAGGGAUGAUGUACUACUGCAACACUUGCUGUCAGCCACUUUGUGCGACCUGCAGAGAGCUGACACACAAGGCCCGAAUGUUUUCCCAUCACGAGAUUGUAUCGUUGGCCAAACGCACCAAAGCCAAACACAGAAAAUGCUCUCUCCACGAGGAACCAUACAUCCUUUUCUCCACAGAAAAUCAGUCGAUGCUUUGCAUCAAAUGUUUCAGAGACAUGCAAGUGGAGAGUAGGACUCACUGCAUUGACAUAGAAACAGCUUAUGCACAGGGGUGUGAGAUGCUGGACCAGGCCGUGCUGGUGGUAAAAGAGCUGCAGACUUCAACAGGAGAAGCGAUCCACCUGCUGAGAGCGAUGAUUGGGGAGGUGCAUCUGAACGUGGAGGAAGAAGAAAGUGCAAUCUGUACUCUCUUCAACAGUUUACAGGAAAGACUAACAGAGAGGAAAAAGAUUCUGCUGCGAGCAGCUCAGAGUCAACAUGAGGAGAAGGAGAAAGCGUUAAAGGAGCAGCUGUCACACCUUACUGCCCUCCUGCCAACACUGCAGGUCCAUCUGGUCACUUGCUCAGCCUUUCUCAGCUCAGCCAACAAGUUUGAGUUUUUGGAUAUGGGCUAUCAACUCAUGGAGCGACUGAAGAGGAUUUCAAAGCUCCCUCAUCGCCUGCGACCGGUGCAGAGCAGCAAAAUCAACACGGAGUACAGGAGUGAGUUUGCUCGUUGUCUGGAGCCUCUGCUGCAGCUCGGACCACGCCGCCCUCCUUCUGUUGCCGGUUCUACAAAUACGCUCCAGUCCCCUCUGUCGUUAAAUUGCCUCUCCCCGUCUCUCAGUGAGAUGCCUCAGGGCUCUGUGUUUGGGCGCAGACCCACGUCUCACAGGAACAUCUGCACCAAGGUCCUGCUGGCAGAGGGCAGGGAAACGCCUUUCACCGAACACUGCCGCAGCUAUGAGAGCACCUACAGGACUCUCCAGACAGAGAUUCAGAUUCUAAAAGACCAGGUCCAGGAGAUGCACAGAGAUCUGACCAAACACCACUCCAUCAUCAACACAGACAAGAUGGGAGAGAUCCUGGACCGGUCGCUGCUCAUCGAUAACCAGAUCGCUGCCCAGUACUCCACUGUGGAAACCAUGAGGGCCAUUUUUGAAGAGAUCUGGGAUGAGACUUUUCAGAGGGUUACAAACGAGCAGGAGAUUUAUGAAGCCCAGCUUCACGACUUGAUGCAGCUGAAGCAGGAGAACUCUUACCUCACCACCAUCGCCAGGCAGAUCAGCCCCUACAUCCUGUCUAUCGCCAAAGUCAAAGAGAGGCUCGAGCCCAGGUUUCAGGAGCCUAAGGAGAGGAUGGAUGACCGAACGGAAACGAUGCUGAAAAUCUAUGAAGACAGCAGCAUGAUGUCGAAGGAGAACAAAAACAGCGACUACCAGAGCUGUGUCACCGACCAAGACAAAAGCAAGAACAGCCGGCCACUGGUGCUGGAGGCCGUGGAGCUUUCUGUCAAGAGCAGUCGAGCGGGGAGGCAGAGGGGCCCCUCGGAGGCGUCCAGUAACAGUGACAUUCCCUCUUAA